AUGUGGGCAACGUGUCGCAGUCUUUAUCGGGAAAAUCAAGCCCAACUUGACCAUAUUGACAAAUUAGAAGAAGCUUAUGUAGCUUGUGAAGCCAUUGAAUACUACACAGGAAAUUCAUGUCUCUCCCGCACUGUUAACCAAGCUUGUCAUAGUGAAAAUAUGCGGCAGAUAUUCAAAUUUCGAGUUUAUAUAAGCGAUUUGCAUAAACAGCUGGUUGAGUACCAUGAACAGAAUGAAAAAGAUGAACUCAUAUCAUGCAUUCAAAAGUUGUAUCGUGGAAAACCAUUAUCAGGUAGCGUUUUACAACAACUGAUUGAUAAUAAAGGUAAUUUGAUCUCAAUGAAUGGCUUUCUUUCAACAACAACGAACAAUAAGGUGGCUUCUUUCUACCACGGUGAUGAUCAGGUUAGCAGAGUCAAUUAUGGAUACAGACCAGUUUUAUUUAUACUCGAAAUAAACACGAAAAUAAAACAGCCAUACGCUUAUAUUGCUACGUGCAGCACGAAGCCACACGAAAGAGAAGUUUUAUUUUCACUUGGAACUAUUUGGCGUAUUAAAUCCAUUGAAGUAAACAAAGACCUAUGCACCAUUGAACUAACAUCUUGUGACGAAUUUGAUUCACAAUCAACUGAACUGCUCAAUACGUACGCUAAAAAUGGAUGUAAUCUUUCCUCGAUAGGUGAUAUACUACUUAAACUCGGAGAUGAUGACGAAGCUGAAUGGUUUUAUAAAAAAAUGCUUAAACAAAAUUCCCUUAAUAGUGAAACUCGCGCUAAUUUAUAUUACAAAAUUGGAAACAUACGCUAUGAAAAAAAAGAUUAUUCCAUCGCACUCGAGAACUAUAAAGAUGCUGAAAAAUUACUUUCGCCAUCAACUAACGAAUCAGAUAUCUCACCACCCCAGUUAAUGUAUGUGAGCGAUACUCAAUCACCUUUAAUCGCAAUAUAUAAUAACAUGGGAUUCAUACAUGCAAACGAUGAUGAUUCUUCAAAAGCAGUUAGCUGUUAUGAACAAGCGUUGAAAGUGAAGAACGGACCGCGAUCUCAAAUAGCAACUGUACACAAUAAUUUAGGUCUACUUUACUAUACUCGUAAUAAAUAUGAAGAAGCGCGUGAACAACAUACAAAAGCUAUUCAGCUUACUGAUGACAGUCAUUCAAAGUGGAUAGAGUUCAAAAGUAAUUUAGAUGUGGCUAAUGAACGUUGUCAACAUCUUGCGAACACUAGACUAAAUACCAGAGAUGGGAUCGAUUCGUGUUUUAUUGGAACCGAACCUAAUUCUACCGAAAAAUUGCCAAACCGACUCGAACCAAAUUGA